AUGGAAGCUUCCCGAACAUUCUACAGUGAUAUUAUGGGAGCCAAAGUCUCAACAGUACAGUUGGUAUCUCCCUACUCCGAGAAAGGCCCUCUUAACCAAUAUUUGGAGACCAAUCCUGUAGGAGGAAUGCAUCACAUUGCAAUUGAGGUCACCAGUAUAACGGGGGCUGUCGAUGCCGCUUCUAAGAAGAAUGUGAGGAUCCUCUCUGGCCUUCCCAACUUCGGGGAGCCUAAUUCUGUGUUUUUGGAUCCUGCUGACUCCAAUGGGGUACUAAUUCAACUAAUUCAGCAACAAUAUGAGGAUUCCUCUAAAAAUUAA